AUGUGCGGCAUCUUUUGUUCCGUCAGUGCUACCGAACACCUGGUCCCCACCAAGAGACACUGCCUGCUCCUGGAGAAACGAGGUCCUGACUCUUCGAGAGAGCUAAGACAGAAAUCUGAAAAUGUUUAUCUGACCUGUUUCAGUACCGUUCUCGCCCUGCGAGGCCACCAUACUGUUGUUCAACCUGUACAGCAUCUAGAUUACCCUGAUGCUUUCCUCUGUUGGAAUGGCGAGGCCUGGAAGUGUGGUGGCGAGCCCAUCUCAGGCAACGAUUCGGAUGUCGUUUUCACAACCAUCGCAAGCCGAAUUAAAGCUUCACAUGGCGAUGCUUCUGCUUCCCCAACUAGAACUGUGCAGCGGGCAUUGCAUCUCAUCACCGGUCCAUAUGCAUUUGUCUACUAUGAUCAUCACUCAGAUACCCUCUUCUUUGGUAGGGAUCCUCUCGGACGCCGCUCCUUGAUGUAUCGCGUCGAUGAAAAUGGUAAUUUUAUCCUCUCUACCAUCUCCGGCCAACAAGAUCAAGCAUGGCACGAAGUAGAAGCCGACGGUAUCUACUCGCUUCAUCUCAAGUCCUUCUAUGCUUCUGCUCAGAAGAACGAGCCCUUCACACCCACCCGCUUUCCUUAUCUCUCCUCCUCGAACACUAUUGUCUCUACAUCUCAAGCACCUGCAUCGUCUGCCUCUCCGCUUAGCACUUCAUCUCCUUCUGUUGCCAAGAUCGAGUCCUUGCUGCGUGAUUCCUUGAGACUACGUGUUUCCCACAUCCCCGCCUGCUCACGUUCUGAGCCAUCUUCCCCUGCAGCGAAUCUUGCUAUUCUCUUUUCUGGUGGCUUGGAUUGCACACUUCUGGCGCGACUCUCACAUGAUAUACUCGAUCCUACACAGCCGGUUGAUCUACUCAACGUUGCCUUUGAGAAUCCUCGAGUACAUCGUCGGCCUGCAAAUGCAGACCCUAACGAACCUUGGUCACCUUUCGAACUCUGCCCGGAUCGUAUCACCGGACGCGCCUCGUUCGCCGAACUCCAAGCCAUCUGUCCUGGCCGAUUGUGGAGAUUCGUCGCGAUAGACAUUUCGUACGCGGAGUUUCUCGCUCAUAAACCAGAGGUUAUCAGUUUGAUUCACCCUCACAAUACUGAGAUGGAUUUGAGCAUCGCUUCUGCCCUCUACUUUGCUUCACGAGGCCGAGGGCUAACAUCUCCGGGGUCUGAAGAGCCGGUCCAGUAUACAUCUGAGGCAAAGGUCUUGCUCUCUGGUCUAGGUGCCGAUGAGUUGUUUGGUGGCUACACUCGACAUGAUACUGCUUUCCGUCGUCAUGGUUUCUCCGGACUCAAAGAUGAGCUCGACCUCGAUGUUGACAGGCUGGGAAAACGCAAUCUUGGUCGCGAUGAUCGUGUAUUGUCCAAUUGGGCAAGGGAGACAAGAUUUCCGUUUCUGGACGAAGAUCUUGUGAGGUGGGCAGUCAACGCUCCGGUGUGGGAGCGUUGCGGAUUUGGUGAGAGUACGGAAGAUCUGAACAGCGAGACUGGUCAUCUGGAGCCUGCGAAGAAGGUAUUGCGAUGCCUCGCCUGGAAACUUGGGAUGAAAACUGUGGCGGCAGAGAAAAAGCGGGCAAUCCAGUUCGGCGCUCGCACAGCCAAAAUGGAAGUCGGCCGGUCGAAGGGCACGCAGGCCAUCAUCUGA